AUUGCUAGGAUUAGUAGGGCCUACAGCUAAGUUACGUACCGUACUGGGGCGGUAGUGCUGCUGCACAGUUCCACUUUUGUUUCUGUAGACGUGAACCGAUCUAUGCAAAAUGACGACAAUACGACCUUUCACGUGUGACGAUUUAUUCAAGUUCAAUAACGUGAAUAUGGAUUAUCUCACAGAAACCUAUGGGAUUCCAUUCUAUCUCCAAUACUUGGCACAUUGGCCGGAGUAUAUUCAAGUUUGUGAAGCGCCCGGAGGUCAGAUCAUGGGAUACAUCAUGGGCAAAGCAGAAGGAUCUGUUGCCCAAGAGACGUGGCAUGGUCAUGUGACUGCAUUGUCCGUUGCCCCAGAGUAUCGGAGACUGGGAUUGGCUGCUAUCAUGAUGAAUAUUCUGGAGGAGGUAUCAGAGAGGAAAGACUGCUUCUUCGUUGACUUGUUCGUUCGUGUAUCAAAUGAGAUAGCAACCAACAUGUACGCUCGGCUUGGGUACACUGUGUAUAGGAAGGUCUUACAGUACUACUCGGGUGACCCUGAUGAAGAUGCGUAUGACAUGCGCAAGGCUCUGAGCCGAGACAAGGAUAAGAAGUCUGUGAUCCCCCUCAAGAAUCCCGUCAGACCCGAAGAUGUGGAAUGACAAUGAGCUGGUAAACUUGACUUGGAGCAUUACAACUUAGGACCUACCACAACAAACUAAUCCAAAUCUUGAUUGCUAUAUAAGCAAGUCAUUAUCUAAUUAGGUACUCAAAUCAUUACAAAAUGUCUGUAUGUAAUAAAUACAAUAUUUCCUUCACCAUUCAAUUAUGGGAAAGAUCCAGGGAUACUCGCAGGAAGGAUACAAUGCAAUCAAAUUCUUGACACUAUUGGAUUCGGAUCAUGGUUUGAGCUGAUCCAGAGGUUAGAACAUCGGCCCGUAAAUUUAUUCUUUUGAAUAUAUACCUCAAGAUAACUAAAGAAAAACCAUUAGAAUAAAAGUACUUCCUUUGAUCCGUAAUAUGUUUAUAUAAACACCAUAAAAAAUUGAUAGGUCUGAUGAUGUCAAAUCAAGAUUCAAUCCUGCAUUUUUAGAAGACAUCCAUUAUGGUAUUUGAUUGCAACUGUUUCUCAAUUAGAUAAUGUUGACUGAUUAUAUGGAUAUGUUCUAAUUGCAGGGUCUAAACUGAUCCGUGGCCACUGAAGGCCAUGUCAUUUGAAGCUUUUAAUUAAUUUGCCUCAAUGCCCCACACAUUGGCCAGAGAUUGGUUGUGUCCCUUUUUUUUAACCCUAACUCUCCCGGGGUAUUUUGAUUCUUGUCCUUCCCGGGGGGGGGGGGGGGGCCAUUAUGGCCCCCCC